AUGGAGAAGAAAUCGUUGGGGAUUUUUUUUCUGCUGCUCAUUGUGUUAGCCGCCCAAUGGGGGGUGCAGCCAGGUGAGGCAAGGGUUUGUGAGUCAAAGAGCCAUAAGUUCAAAGGUCCAUGCAUGGGUGACCACAACUGUGCGUACGUCUGCAGAAAUGAAGGUUUCUCCGGCGGCAAAUGUCGUGGACUCCGUCACCGCUGCUUCUGCACUAAGAUUUGCUGA